AUGACAAAGUUAGUGAAGAUAUGUGGGAUCAAGACGGUAGAGGCCGCUGAUAAGGCAAUCGACUCAGGGGCAGAUUUACUUGGAAUGAUUUUGGUGCCGAAAAGAAAGAGAACCAUUGAUCAUGAAGUUGCUGCACAAAUAUCAUUAAAGGUUAAGCAAACUAGACAGUCAAGACAUAGAAAGUAUCAAACUAUAGAAGAAAUUCAAAAGCAAAUAGCUCAAAUUGAAGUAAAAGAUUCAAAGGAAUACUUCCAAAUCAUUUCCCAACUUUUAAUAGACAAUGGACCAUUCUUAGUAGGUGUAUUUAGAAACCAAUCUAUUGAAGAUGUACUAGAAAUAGCUCAUAAGUUACAAUUGGACUUCAUACAACUCCAUGGCAGUGAAAACAAAAUAGAGUAUAGUAAAUCUAUUCCACAUCAAUUUGGAGUCAUCCCUCGAUAUGUAAUCCCAGAACAAACUGAAUUAAUGCCAAUCGAAUUUCAAAAAUUUAUCGAGUUAAAGACAGUUGGUUUACCUUUAUUAGAUUCUGAUGCUGGAGGUGAAGGAAAAGUUAUCGAUUGGGUAUUUAUAAAUGAACAUUUGGGAUUUAGCAAUUUCAUAUUGGCAGGUGGUUUGAAUCCAACCAAUCUCAAAGAUACUACAUCAAUUAAAAAUAUUAUAGGUUAUGAUGUUAGUGGAGGAGUAGAAGAUGAAAAUGGGGAUAAAGAUUUUCAAGAAAUAGAGAAUUUUAUAAAAGUAGGUAAGACAGUUUAA